GACGCAAAGAAGAGGCAUCCCCGCCGGGCGCUGACGGCAGGAGAUUUAAGAAGCUGGAAGCAGAGCAGAUUGGUUUUGGCAAUAGUGAUCUCUUGGUUCCCAGUAUGGAUGAACAGACCACCAGAGCUAUAUACAGUACUCUUUCUGCGCUGAUGGUGCUGAUAUCUUAUAUCCUUAUUCUAAACAUGUAUCUUGCAGAGCAUAAAUAUUCAGUCUCGCAACCAAACUUUUAUCCCUCAACCAAUCAGCACGUGAAUAUGAAGAAUGUUCCUUGGAUACUUAGGCUGAUUAACUGUGGGUACAAGAAUCGUAGCUUUACCUAUGAAGAAAGAAAUGAGGAGAUGUUCCUGAUGAAAAUGAUUGAAUGGCCAAAGCCAUUUCAAGCUCGCACACCCUUUCUGGAGAGCACUGACCCAUCGCACAGUCAUUUUCUUAUUUUGAACUCUCAGAACACUUUCCACGUUGGGGAUCAGUUACAGGUGAUGGUCCACAUGCAUGAUUUUGUAGGACACCCGAAGCAAUACGGAGGUGACUAUCUCCAGGCCCGGAUCCACACCCCAGAGCUCAAAGCGGGUUCAGUGGGAACAGUUAACGAUUACCAAAAUGGAUCGUACAAGAUCAAUUUUACUUUAUUCUGGUCGGGGAAAGUUGAAGUAUCCGUUACCUUGGUUUAUCCCAGUGAAGCGAUUCAAGUAUUUGAAAGGUUGCAGGUUGAAAAUCCAGAUAGGGUGUACUUUGCUGGCACAUUCAGAUCUGGAAAUACCACCGAGAUAACUGUAUGCAAUCUUUGCUUGCCCGACAUUGUACCACUCUGUAACUUUACCGACCUCAGAACUGGGGAGCCUUGGUUCUGUUAUAAACCACACAAUCUACCUUGUAGUACUCGUAUAAGCCAUUCUAUAGGAGGCUAUCAUAGCAAUCUAUAUAACGAAGAGUAUCCCUAUUUUGAAAGUAUAGCCAAAAUCAUGGAGCCCAUAUUACCCAAAGGUCCAGGUUAUGUAACUGUGGAGGCUUUGUCUCAUUCAGCAGAACCAGCUGUGGUAAGGUUGGAAAUGGAAAGGAAGGUCCAGGACCAGGAGGGAAAACCUAGAGAUGCCCAUGGAAUGGAGCCGCAAAAUCCAUAUCUCCAAUCACCACAGCAAGAAUCGACAUCCUCAGUGACACAUUUCAGUGCAGUCACAGCGGUUGCAGCCAGUGUACCUUCGGAGGGAUUGCAGAAUGCCUCAGGGUUCAGUGGUAAGGAAAAGGAAGUAAUGGGUGCAAAUCUCGGACCCUGUGUCCGUGGCAAGUCUCUGACUUCGCCGUCAGGUUUUUACUAUAAGGACCAGUGGAUGUCAACAACCUGCAAUAUUCGCCACUUCAACACUCCUGCAAACAUUACAAACUGUUUAUGGGAUAAAGUGGUUCAUUUUUUGGGAGAUUCUACUAUACGACAGUGGUUCGAAUAUCUGAUUGAAUUUCUGCCAGGUCUUCGCCAGUUUGAUCUUGGCAAUGACAAAAAAAUUGGCCCACACCUUGCUGUGGAUAUAGAAAACAACAUCAUAGUGACAUUUCGAUUGCAUGGUCCACCACUCCGAAGCACUGAUUUAUCAACCCAUGAAAUGCAGUAUAUUGCAAAUGAACUGGAUAGAAUGAAAGGAGGAAAUAAAACAAUUAUAGCAAUCACCAUAUGGGCACAUUUAAGCAAUUAUCCAGUUGAAGUUUAUAUCCGAAGGCUGCAGAUUAUUCGGAAAUCAAUUCUACAAUUACUAAGCAGGAAUCCAGACACUCAAGUUGUAAUAAAGUCUGCCAAUGUCCGUGAAGUGGAAUAUAAGAGCAGCAUUUUCCUUAAUGACUGGAUCUCGUUUCAGUUUGACUUAGUGUUGAAAAAAAUGUUCAAGGGUGUCAAUGUGGCAUUUGUGGAUGCGUGGGAGAUGACUGUAGCACAUUACCUGCCACAUGAUAUACACCCACAGAGAAUUAUUGUAAAGAAUGAAGUAGAUGCGUUUCUCUCGUACGUGUGCCCUUGUGAUCAGGUUAAAAAUGCUGUUUCUGGUCACCUACAACCAAUGUUUUCGCAAGCUUAAAAAUAAUAAUGAGAAAUAAGCUGAGGAGAACGGUGCAGGAGAUGGAGUAGCAUAAAGUAGCCAAACAAACCAUUCAAACUUGGAAUUCAAUUGUGAGGCAUGUGAUGGUGACCGUAAGGAUUGCUCAGAUCAAGUUAAAUGGUUACCUCAAGAAGUAGCACUCAAACACUGUGAUCCGAAACUCCAACGUCAAGUGCUGAAACCUUUUGGGAGAGUCUUUAGCUAACAACUGGCUCAAUUAGAUUUUGAUAAGGUGAUUUAAUUUCCUCCUUUUAACCUGAACAUGUUCUUCAUGCUCCAUAUGUUUGGAAGAAUUUCCAUUCAUUCUUGACAGAUUUAUCCAGGAGCGGGGUCCCACAGUCACUAAGAGACAUGAUACCCCACAUGUUAUGAAGUGUACUUUAAACUUUAUCCCCAAAGUUUGCCUGUCUAAAAUUGUAGAUUAGGUUUUGGUUGUGUGCUUGCAAUUUCUUUACAUUUUCAUUCAAACUAAAAGUGAAAUGAUUCUCAUGAUUGCAGUACCUAUUGAAUUUGAAGUUAAUCUCAUUUGAACUAAGACAGUAUGUACUUACAUGAGGUACUGCAAUAGUGUAGAAUUACAGCUUGGUGAAUUCCUGAUAUCCUUGUGUUGGGAAAAUACUACUCAAUGGGAAGAAGGAUAUUUUAACAACAGAUGGGUGAAUUACAUUGGACCAUUAUUCUGCUCCUCCAAACAAUUAUCUUAAGGGUGACACCAGGAAGGUUGGGUGCACAAUCUUUUGGUCAUUGAAUUCAAAGAAGUGAAAAGGAGAUAGCUGGUCCAGAUCCAGGAAUUGGAAGUGAAAUAGAAGUAUUUGAAGCUAUGUGGAAAUGGUUAUUUAAAAAUAUAUUUGUACUGUAUUUGUGCUUUUUUUUCCAAACUCAGUUUAUUAAGGCAUUCUUUUAUGCAAAAGUUUGGAAAAUAAAUUAGAAAUGUAAAUUUAAGUUUGACGGGAGAAAGCCAUUCUCUGAAUAGAUUUUGCUUGAAAUUCUCAUCUCCCCAAGAUUUAUGCAGACUGUAACAAGCAGCAGGGUGAGUGAAACUCUUUACAGUUUUCAAUGGUUAAAUGGAACCAGAAAUGCAGUGUAGCAUUCAGAACAGGAUGGAAAAAUAAUAAUCGAAUCCUGGUGGUAAUGAAAUUGCAAAGUGCUGACACUCAACCAGUUGAAGAUUGAGGAGAUUGCAUUUGAACAGAGAUCACCUGAUUGUCAUCGGGAUUCAAUAUUUGCUAAUCCUUUAUUAAUCCUGUCGUGAAUGUCCCAUGUUUGACCCAACUGUUACAUAAAAAAUUGAUGAGAUAUGACAAAUGUUUUCCCACUCUAGAUAUAUCAAUGUGUGGUGUGUUCACAGGUUAUAACAAUGGGAAUUUAUGGUUAAACAAGGACAUGUGUCCUUAUUAAAUGUUUGUUUGUAUUUUGCUGUUGGACUUAUUGCCUUUUGUUCUGUAAAUAAAUGAAAUGUUUCCAAUGGAAAAUGAAGAUUAAGAGCCAUGACCAACAUAUGACUAUCCUCCUACAAGGACCCAUGCUUGUAAACGGACUGUUUGAAUUGAGCCAAUCUUCUGUGGUGGUGGCCAUAAUCCAGUUACUGAGCCAGGCAGAUUUUCAGUACUCCAGAGCACAUAAACUCUCCGAACCAAUAUAAACUGAGACUCAAAUUACAGAAGUAGAGGCUUCUCAGCUGUUGCUGCUCGAGUCUGCUCUCAGAUGACUAGCCGGGUGAAUAGAUUCACACUCUCUGUAGGAGCGUGUCGAUAUAGUAAUAUUACUCAAUCCAAAAGUUUGGAAAAUAAAUUAGAAAUGUAAAUUUAAGUUUGACGGGAGAAAGCCAUUCUCUGAAUAGAUUUUGCUUGAAAUUCUCAUCUCCCCAAGAUUUAUGCAGACUGUAACAAGCAGCAGGGUGAGUGAAACUCUUUACAGUUUUCAAUGGUUAAAUGGAACCAGAAAUGCAGUGUAGCAUUCAGAACAGGAUGGAAAAAUAAUAAUCGAAUCCUGGUGGUAAUGAAAUUGCAAAGUGCUGACACUCAACCAGUUGAAGAUUGAGGAGAUUGCAUUUGAACAGAGAUCACCUGAUUGUCAUCGGGAUUCAAUAUUUGCUAAUCCUUUAUUAAUCCUGUUGUGAAUGUCCCAUGUUUGACCCAACUGUUACAUAAAAAAUUGAUGAGAUAUGACAAAUGUUUUCCCACUCUAGAUAUAUCAAUGUGUGGUGUGUUCACAGGUUAUAACAAUGGGAAUUUAUGGUUAAACAAGGACAUGUGUCCUUAUUAAAUGUUUGUUUGUA